GCUGCUUCCGGCGUCAGCGGCGCUGUCGCUGCCUCCGUGCGAUGGCUGCGUUGAGUCGGCAGGUCUCGGCUUGGCAUCACCUGAUCCCCCUCACCUGGUCCCUUAUUGCUAGGCAGACUGCUCAGCUUGGAGAACAGAAGAGGACGGCUGCUUUUUCGCUGCGUAAACUGACAACGGUCUCCAGCGGGGGGGGCCUCGGGGAGUCACCCUUUGUUGAACCCCAGAAGUGCACGCAAGAACCAGAGCACAGGACGGGGCUGACUCAGUGCCUCCUUGAGAAGCAGAGGAUGGCUGUGGAACGAGGGAAGAUCGUCAGUUCCCUCCUGGACAUGGGUUUCAGUGAUGUCCAUGUUAACGAACUGCUCAGUAUACAGCCAGCUACCCACCCUCAGCAGUUGCUGGACAUCAUUUCAGAAUUAAUACUCCUGGGUCUGAAUCCAGAGCCUGUGUGUGUGGCCUUCAAGAAAAGUCCUCAGUUACUGAAACUGCCUGUCAUGCAAAUGAAGAAGCGCUCCAGUUACCUGCGAAAGCUGGGGCUUGGAGAAGGGAAAUUAAAGAGGGUGCUUUACUGUUGCCCUGAAAUUUUCACCAUGCGUCAGCGGGACAUUGAGAUCAUCGUCGGGGUUCUCAAGGAGAAGUGCCUUUUCACGGUAAAGCAAGUCACCGAGAUUUUGCACAGAUGCCCCUGUGUUCUUCGGGAGGACCCUGGUGAACUGGAAUACAAAUUCCAGUAUGCCUAUUUCAGGAUGGGGAUUAACCAUGUGGAUGUGGUGAAGACCGACUUCCUGCAGUACUCCAUGACCAAGACCAAGGAGAGGCACGUGUUCCUGGAGCGCCUGGGCCGGUACCAGACCCCCGACAAGAAGGGGCAGACGCUGGUCCCCAACCCUUUACUCAAGGACAUCCUCAGGGUGUCAGAAGCUGAGUUUCUGGCCAAGACAGCCUGUUCUUCAGCUGAGGAGUUUGAGGUUUUUAAGAAACUCUUGGCCCGGGAGGAGGAGGAGUCUGAGGGCCGUAUGGCUGACGACGAAAGUCUGGAGGAGGAGGAGGAGGAGGAGGAGCCGGAGGAAGGGGAGGAGCGGGAGCCGUGAUGGACGGACUGGAGUGAAAAGAGCCCAGCGAGAUCAAAGGCUGGUCCAUAUGAUGGAGCACUAGCCUGCGAACGAUCAGCAUAAAUAAUCUGCUGGCGGAGGAGAGCCGGGCGAAGCGCUUCCAGUGUGGCCUCAUCGCUGCCCCUUCCUCCCAGCCCCACCGUCUCUGCUUUGGAAGCUGUUGAUAGCAGUUCCUCCUCAAUUUUGUUGCUAGCUCUCAAAGGGAGAAUUCUUUCUCUGACCUCGGAAUCUGAGAACUGGUUUCUGAAGGUUGCAGAAGCAUUCCUGGUGGACAGCCUUGCCAUCCAGGGCUGACGUGUGUGCCGUGGGUGCGCAUUCACCGUGGCGCAGACCGCCCCCUAGGAGACCGCAGCCUGGGGUAUGUCAGAUGUGGGUUCUGUCCCGGAGGUCUCCCUGGUUGUGGCUGGGCAAGGAGGUGGCUGGUGCUUGCCUGGCCUGGCCGUCUGUCUUCCAGAGGCCAGAGGAGAGAAGCCUCUCAGGGCACCGACUCCAGCCAGGACCUUGUUUUCAAUCCAAUUUUAGACCUCGUCUUCCUGGGCUUUAGAAACUCGUGAGGUUGAUGGAGCAUAACAAGAGCAUCCUGAUCCUUAGAAGAGAAAACAGACCGGGGCGUGAGGAGGAGGAUAGUGGUACCCGUUUCUCUUUACAGCGGCGGCUCCCAGGUUGCUGGUCCUGGAGGACCUGAAGAGCUUGCCACAUCUGUGAAGUUUGUUCCCUGUGACAUGGCAGUGGGUGCUGGGGGGCAGGCUCGUGGAGGACUGACUAUACCCCCCAGUGUUGGGGACAUGUGGGUAGCAUUGCAGCUUAAAUUUGAAAUCUGCAGGCUGCAACCCCCUUCAUUUGGUGACGCCUUGGAUCUUUUCUCUGAAGGCAUGGGCUGUCCCUGGUCUCUCUCGACUGAAUGAAUUCUUGCACUUUGUUCUUGGAUGUGUGUGUGUGUGUGUGUGAAUGUUUCCUGCUUAUUUGUGUUUUCUCCAUUGUCUUAAGAAUGGGUAUCCUAAAAGCCAGUAUUUGAUAAUUUAACAAUUGAGGGUUUCUGAUUUGUUUUUAUAGAAAUUGAUUCAUUGAAUGAGGUUAAAAAUAUAUAUAUUAUCUUUCAGAUGACUUAUUGCAAUAUAAAUGUUUCACACCCCAGUUAUAUCUGUGGGUGGUGAAUUGCUUGCAAGCCUUGGAGUGCAUGUUUUGGGUACAUGGGGGUUGGGGGGAGUGAUGCCUUUGAGUAGGUGGGACCUGAACGCAGAGACUUGACGGGAACUGAACGCCUGCCUGAGGUCACACGUUCUUGCUCACGUGCCGCUGCCCAACCUGUGGGUCCCAGCCUCUGCUUCCCCUGCUUGGUUGGUGAACGUUCUGCUUUAGUGUCAGCCUAUACCUGCGAAGCUCUUUUGCUUCUGGUUGUUUAUAAAGGUCUCUGAGUAACAUUUCUUCUUCAUCUCCUCAGCCAUAUAAAAAAAUGUAGCCUGUCUGUGAAGCUGCUUGGUACCCAGGAGUCUCACUCCCCUCCUACACCACCAGGAAGAUGGGCUUCUGGGCUCCUUUAUGGAGCUCGAGUGGUGAGCUCUCCUGGGUCAGCCAGAAUACCUCUUUCAUUCCCAGUGCGUCACGUUGAUAAGAAAUUGUGUCGGGCUGUGGAUGGGUCUCUGUGGCUUAGCCUAGGAUCUUCCAAAUUAUCGUGAAGGUUUCCACAGAGUGUGCGUGUGAGGGGGUGGGAGUCACAUGGGGCUCACUUGCCACAAGAGGUUGGGAAAUGCUGGAUUAAACAAGAAUAGCGUUGGAAAGUUUUUUUCAUUUCAGGGUUUCUGAAUGCUUAGGAUGCCUGUGUUCAUUGGCACUCUCCCAGUGAGAGAGGCUCAGGACUUGCCCAAAGUUAUGUGAUCAAGGCCGCACACCCUUUCUCAAUGGACUUCCAUUUACAGGGUCUGGAAAGCACUCCUAGAAUUCCUCUGCCUUCUGGCAUCCCAGGCCCCUCCCACUGUCCCCCCUCGCCUGCCCUCCCAGCAGCCCGUCAGUCCCACCUCCCUCUGGGUGCAGGUGGUCUUCGGCCUCUCUAAGAGCUCACCCGCCCCCUCCAUUGCCAUUGCUGAUGACCGGGGAAGGGGUUUUCUGCCCAUUGAGAUAGAGUGGGAUGCGAUGUAUCAGACCAAGUUUAUGUCUAUUGGGAGGCCUUCCUUAAGUAUUAUUUUUCUCACCCAUUGUAACCCCCUUAGGCAGUUCUGAAACCUUCUGGUCUGAGUUGAUGACACAGAGCACAGACUGAGCUUUCUUCUCAGAGCUCCGCAAGGAGACAGCAGCCCUCCCGAGGACCGAGUGCCGGGGGGAUGUCCCUCAGCCUUCCCGGCAGCUCUGCUGGCUGUGGGAACGUACCUUAAGAUUUCUUCAGUGUAGGACUGUUACUUUGUUUCCUGAAAUAAUUAGAGAAAUGUGGCUUAUUAAAAAGAAACUGUGUCCCUGUAACUCUGCAGCUUCCUCGGCCCAGGCUGCCUGCUGUGGUCCUGUCUUGUCUGUAGGUCACAUGUGUUCCAGUUUGGGGAGCGUGGUAGUGAGACGCUGACAGAGAUGAGCGUUUGAGUCUGUGUGUGCCCACCUGGCUUGGGGUGGGAGUCGUGGAGUGAUGAGGAAGGCUGCCUGGCUGGGUGUGAGUCAUGGAGAGUGAAAGGGGGUGUGGAGGAUGGGCGAUGGGAGACAGGUGAUGUGCUCGGGUAAGGCAGCAGGGUGGGUUUUUCCUGGACUCAGAAACGCAAGACCCAGUGCGUGUGGUGACUGGUCUAUGGAGGAUGUGACUGAGGUUUGGACUCUGUUGUCUGUACUCAGGCAGUGCAUUAUAUAAUAAUUCUGUGACUACCUUGAACCC